AUGGUGGCCGGGCCGGCUCCAUUUUCGGCCUCCUCCCCCUCCUCCACCUCCCCCUCCACCUCCUCCCCCUCCUCCUCCCCCCCCGCGGGCCGCUCGUCCUCCGCGGUUGUCCGGACCCUCUCGACUCGGAGCAUAAGGAUGCACGGCCCCGGACCCUCUCAGGACCCCUCCCAGGCUCCAGGCGAGCGGGGCGAGCUGCUCCACUCCCUCUCCAAGGAGACCUCCGGCUCCCCGGAGGCCUCGGAGCUGGGGAGCCCCCGCUGCGUGCCGAACUUUGACCUCUUCAACAUGGUGGUGUCCUACAAGAGGAUGGCCCUGUUCCUGGAGCCCGUGGCGGACGGCGUGGAGGACGCCUCUGUGCUCGCUGCUGGUUUUUCUGGUCCUGAACUGGGCUGGCUGGCGGUGGCGGUGGCGGGCGUGGCGGCGCCCGGCGCCCUGGGAUACCUGCAGGACAGGUGCGGGGGCAGGGCCUCGGAGGCGGAGCUCCAGAGGAGGCGGCACCACGCCGUGCACCGCAGAGACCUGCAGACCGUCCACCUCACCAAGCAGGAGGCCAUGCUGGAAGUCAAAGACCUGUUGAAGCACCUGGACGACAUGCUGGCCUCGGCCUGUCAGUCAGCAGAGGCUGUGUACAGGGUCUUAUACUGGGACGAUCACACCACCUCAUCAAGGUUCUACGGGGCCCUGCUGACGGUGGCCUGUCUGCUGUACGUGGCUCCGGUGGGUCUGGUGCUGGCCGGGCUCAACACUGCCAGUCCGGCCUCGGAGGCAGCCGGGGAGGAGCAGGAGCCGGGCGGCCUCCUGGACCGGACCCCCACACCCACCAGUCUGGAGGACCUGUCUCCGGGCAGCGUAGAAGAAGCUGAGGAGGCGGAGCCAGACGAUGAAUUUAAGGACGCCAUUGAGGAGAAUUCAGUCUCCCUCCAGGAGGAUGACGACGGGCCUCUGGGCGCCCCGGAGUACGACACCGUCUCUGAGAACGGGCUCCUGAGUCGGAACGAACCCAUACGCAGCAAAGUGUCCAAACUGACGGAGAAGCUG